CGAAAUGUUCCGACUUUGCAGUACGUGACGGCGCCUGCGUACAUGACGUUCGUGACGGCCCACCCAUACAAAUACCGGCGUCCGCAUGACGUAGGGGAUCAGUCAGCAGUCUUUUUUUGUGGAGGCCACAUCAGAGCCGUGGUGUUUCAGAUCAUCUAACAAUAUCCCGAAAUCGAGUGGUGUCAUCGCAUUUUUUGUUUAGUUAAUUUACUUCCAAUCUGUCUUUAUUUCAUAUCCUUUGGUUGCCAGGCCAACAAUAACACUGACGUUCCUUUUGUAAAGGUCGCUCUUUCCCGCCCCACUCCUAGAACUCGAUUCUUUUAAUAUUUACUUUGUCAAGCCGCCAAAGUGGAGAGUGUCGUCGCACAAGGGGGGCCUUCUCGUUUCAGCUCAACCGAAAUUCAAAUACUCAAAUGUGUCGAUUAUGUCUAUGUUCCACAGUGUGGGGGGAGGAGGUGGGGGUGCACCCCAACACUAUCCCAAGACUGUCUGCAACGGCGAGCUCCUGGGGAAGACCCCAGGUCCCAUCGUUCAGAAAUGGGAACCUUCUCGACGCACUAGACGGGAUGCCAACUCCUCUGAGAAACGGCAAAAUGAUGCAAUCUUCCGGAAAGUGAGAGGCAUACUGAACAAGCUGACUCCUGAAAAGUUUGACAAACUAUGCCUGGAGCUCCUCAAUUCGGGUGUCGAUUCAAAAUUUGUCUUAAAAGGAAUCAUCCUGUUGAUUGUUGACAAAGCCCUUGAAGAGCCCAAGUACAGCCAGCUAUAUGCACAGCUAUGUCUUCGCUUGGCAGAGGAUGCACCAAACUUUGAGGGCCCAUCAGCAGAAAAUCCAGCAACACAAAAGCAAACAAGUACCUUCAGAAGGCUUCUGAUAUCCAAGCUCCAAGAUGAAUUUGAGAACCGUGCCAGGAAUGUCGACAUCUUUGACAAAGAUGAUGGCCCGCUCACCUCUGAGGAGGAGGAGCAGCGUGCCAUUGCAAAAAUCAAGAUGCUGGGCAACAUCAAGUUCAUUGGUGAACUGGGCAAACUCAAUCUUAUCCACGAAUCCAUCCUUCAUAAGUGCAUCAAGACACUUCUGGAAAAGAAGAAGAGAGUCCAACUCAAGGAUAUGGGGGAAGAUUUGGAAUGCCUCUGUCAGAUAAUGAAAACGGUGGGACCUAAAAUUGAUCAUGACAAGGCCAAGUCUUUGAUAGAUCAGUACUUUUGCCGCAUGCGAUCCCUGGCGGGCAACAAGGAACUGCCAGCAAGGAUCCGCUUCCUUCUGCAGAACACAGUGGAGCUGCGAGACAACAACUGGGUUCCUCGCAAAGCCUAUAUUGACAACGGGCCAAAGACCAUCAGCCAAGUUCGUCAGGAGGCAGUGAAAGAUUUGGGUGUUUUUAUUCCACAUUCAUCUGAUGCGAUGAGGAAUAACUUCUUCAUGGACAACACCUCCUUCCUGCCAGGGAAGAUGAAGUUUGACCGGGAGCCUCUUGGUGGGCUUGCUGACAUGUUUGGGCAAAUGCCAGGGAUUGGCAUUGGGACUGGUCCGGGAGUAAUUCAGGACCACUACUCCCCGUCCAUGGGCCGUCACCGCGCCGCCCCGCUCUUCAAUGGCCACAUUGGAAACGGCAAUGGCUCCCAUCAGCCUCAGUUUGAAGCAGGAGGCAAGCAGUUCACAAAGCCAAACCAGGGGCAGAAUUCACCAGUUUUCAGCCACAAGCAAAAUCACUCGGGCCAGAUCCAGUCAAAGGACAUGGCUUCCCGGUUCGGCAAGAAAGGGAAAGUGAAUGCUGAUGAGAUCAGUCUGAGACCUGCACAGUCCUUCAUCCUAAGCAAGAAACAAGUGCCAAAGCUGCAGCCGCAGAUGACUAUGGUUCCUCAGAAUGGUUCUCCAAUAGGACAGCUUGGCCUCAAAACCAAUCCUCCUCCUAUUCAAGAAAAACCUGCAAAAUCCACUAAAAAGGCUCCUCCUACAAAGGAGGAGUUGCACAAAAUGACUGAAACACUAGUGGCAGACUACCUGAGCAGCAAAAACCUGGAGGAGGCCGUGAACGAAGUGCGGGAGAUGAAACCUCCCAAACACUUUUUGAGCGAAAUGCUGAACAAGAUCAUUGUCUACUCCCUCGAUCGCUCGGACGAGGAUAAGGAACACGCAAGCAACCUAAUGCAUGGAUUCUGUACCGAGGGAGUAGUCACAGGUGAAAAUCUGCUGCAGGCUUUGCUGAGCGUUCUCAACCAGGGCCCCAAUAUUGAGGAAGAGAUCCCUCUGGUCAAGUCCUACCUGGCCCAGUUUGCAGCGCGAGCUAUCAUAGCCGACCUGGUCAGCAUUGGCGAUCUGGCCCAUCAUUUGGAGAACGGCGCACACUUCCCGCUGUUCCUGCUCUGCCUGCAGCAGAUGGUCAAGCUGAAGGACCGCGAGUGGCUGGGCGACCUGUUCCAGCAGAGCAAAGUCAACAUGCAGAAGAUGCUGCCUGAGAUUGACCAGAACAAGGACAGGAUGCUGGAGAUCCUGGAGGGCAAAGGCCUCAGCUUCUUGUUCCCUCUGAUGAAACUGGAGAAGGAGCUGCUGAAGCAGAUCAAAGUGGAUCCCUCUCCACAGUCCAUCUACAAGUGGAUCAAAGACAACAUCUCCCCUAAACUCCACACUGACCGAGGCUUCGUCAACAUCCUGGUGACCAGCUUCCUGCAGUUCAUGGCUUAUGAAAUCAACCCCGAAGAUGACGAGGAGCAGUUUGCUGCUCCCAGCAAGGAGCAGCUGGACGACGAGAAGAAGCUGCUGCUGUCCUUCAAGCCCGUCAUGCAGAAGUUCCUCCACGACCACACCGACCUGCAGGUGGGAGCGCUCUACGCUCUGCAGGUGCACUGCAACACCAAGGGCUUCCCCAAAGGUACGCGCCCGCCAUGUUUUAGCCGCUGCCCGUCGUCUUGGCAGCGUGGGGUGUUCAUGGCCGUUCGUGUGGUUUUCGUAGGCAUGUUGCUGCGCUACUUUGUGAACCUUUACGACAUGGAGAUCAUCGAAGAAGAAGCCUUCCUGUCAUGGAAAGAAGAUGUCACCCAAGAGUAUCCGGGGAAGGGCAAAGCAUUAUUUCAGGUGAACCAGUGGCUGACUUGGUUGGAGACUGCAGAGGAAGAGGAGUCAGAGGAUGAAGAUUACUAAGAAAUGGGCUAAGCCAUGUUAUCAGGAUGCAACGAGUGAUUUCUUUUUCUUUUUGAAUAUCGUGUGCUUUGUCUUUUUACCUCUCAUGUUAACGUAACACCUGUUACAGUUCAUUCCACCUUUAAAUUUUUUGCCAAAUCAAGCCAGCAUCAACAUCUUACUGUAUUGGAGUUUUUCUUUCUUCCCCAAUCCUAUUUGAUGUCUAGCCACAGAUGGUUUUUAUACAUUUCAGUCAUCUUUGGUUAUGUUUUUAACAGUGGGCAGUAUUUUUGCAGGGAAAUUCAUUCAGAGGCCAAUCCAGUUUAAUCACCUUUAACUUCUGGUAUAAGUCACCAAGUGCUGCCAUGAUUUCCUUCAGCUGUUUACAAGAGAAAGGAACAAAUGAAAAACUUCUCCUUUUUAUCUGCAUUUGUAAAUCAGUUUUUGGAUGCACUUUGCUCAACAUCAUGAGUCGUUGCAAUAGUAAAAGGAAGUUCCUUGCUUUGUUUUAACUGUUGCAGUUGGAUGCUGAUGGGGAUUUGAUUGCCUGCAAAUUGAUUUUUUUUUUUUCUCAUCAAAUUAUUAAAGUCCCCCUUUUCUUCAAACAGUUAGACAUUUUUGUGCACAUUGAUUCAGUUACCCAUUUAGUUGAAUCACAUUUUUCUUUUUAAACGUAAUGUUUUGUGCUAGUAGGAAUGAAUCUGUGGCCUUUUUAAUUUAUCAAUUCAUGGAUAUACCUCCUAUGUAUCUCUGACUAUACUUGAAUGUCUUGGUUUAUGACAUUGGGACGGCCAAAGCUCAGUUUGCUACGGUUGUCCACCACUUGUGGAAAUUUUACAUCUGUUUGCAAUAUUUGUCAGUCUUAAAUGGUUUUUAUCUUAAAAAUGCAGAGAAUGUACUGUAUGUGUACACACCGUUCUUUGGAGAUGUCACUGAAAUGUUAAGUACAAGAUGAGUGUACAACUACAGAUCAAUCUUUAAUAAAGUUUAACACCUAAUUCA